AUGACCGACCUCCCCGCGCUCGUGCCGUUCCUCCGCGAGAACGCGCGGAGGAACAAGGCGGGGACGGGGACAGGGACGGACCGCGACCGCGACCGCGACCGCGACCGCGGCGGCGGCGGCGCAAUCCCCGCGAACGUCCUCCUGGCGGUGUCGCCGCUCCGAUGGGGCUGCGCGGCUGAUUUCGACGCGCUGCCCGAGCCGCUCAAACGUCCGAACCUCGUCCUCGGCGCGGACCUGUGCUACACCUCCGACGCGUCCGUCGUCGACGCGCUCGUGGCGACGCUCGACAUGGUCAUGCCGCGGGGAGGGGACGGGGACGGGGACGGGGACGGGGACGGGGACGGGGACGGGGACGGGGACGGGGACGGGGACGCCGCCGUCGCGGUGUUCGCGUCGUGCGUGGAACACCGGCCGGACGCGGUGACGCGGUUCGAGGAGGGGUGCGCGACGCGAGGGUUCGAGGUCGCGGUCGUCGACGCGGAGGAGCUCAGGGAAGGGUACGGGGGCGGGGGGGACGGCGGCGGGGGCGCGGAGGCGUUCCGCGUCGUCGAGAGAAUGAUGAGCAUCUCGUCGCGCGCGGGCAUUGUUCGCGCGCGCGCCGGCACGAUGACGGCGCCGGCACCGGAGGGCACCGCGAUGGCUGCCGCGAUGUCCGGCCCGGAGACGACGACGAGCGCGUACGACGCGCGGCGCGCGCUGUACGACGCGGCGACGCCGUACGCGGACAAGGCGUCGCUCGCGACGGCGCUCUCCGACGAGGUGCGCGCCGCGGUGACGGAGGCGAUGGAGGCGGGACCGGCGAGCGCGAUCGGCGAGCGCGCGCUGGCGGUCGCGACGCUGCUCGUGGAGUGGUCGAUGGCGACGCUGUCGUACGCGGCGAUCUCCACGAAGGCGGGGAAGAAGGGCGGCGGGAAGGGCGGCGGCGGCGGCGGGAAGGGCGCGAAGAAGGGCGCCCUGGGCGGCGGCGACGCGAACGCGUCUGCCGCGCCGUCGGGCCCGCGCGCGCCGAAAGCGAUCGGCGCGGACCCGCCGCCGCCGAAAGCGCUCGUCGUCGCGAACGCGCAGUGGCGCGCGCUCGCGACGGGGUUAUCGGUGGGGAGGCACGCCCCGAACGCGGCGGCGGUCGCGCACGUCACGCGCGCGGCGGCGACCGCGGCGGCGUCGAUCGCGAGCGACGACGACGACGACGACGACGACGACGACGUGCCAACCUCGUCGAAUCGGAAUACGACGGAGGUCGUCUCCGCGCACACGCUCGCGGACGUCCUGCGCGCGCUCGCGGAGAAGUGCCCGAUGACGUUCUCGCCAUCCGCGGACUACCUCGUCUCGCUCGCGGUGCUGUCGCUGCGAAGCGGCGCGCGCUUCGCGACGCUCGCGGAGAUUUCGCUGCGGUUGUUCGUCGACGCGAGUCGCGACGUCUUCUCGACGACGACGCGCGACCCGCCGAAGAUGACGAUGGACGACGCGGACGCGCUGUUAAACGCCGCGGGGGCGGAGCGCGCGGCGGUCGCGGGGACGGCUGGAAAAGAAAACGCAUGGGAUGUGGACGUUAAAGACGAAGGCGUCGCGUGCGGGGCGGUGCGCGCGUUGCUGUCGCAUCCGGCGCACCUCAACGCCGUCCCCGCCGCGUUCGCGGAGGCGGAGCGGCGGCGGAACGGAACGAGCGGCGUGGUCGCGGCGAACGUGCCCGCGAGAGAGAAAGAGAUUCCGAUUCCGCCGCCCGAGGCGGGCACUGAACCGACGCCGAUGGAGACGGACGACGGAGACGACGACGCGAAGGAGAAGAAGUCAAAGUCGCCGCCGAAAAAGGAAAAGCCGAAACCGCCGGCGUUCCUCGUCGGCGUCGCGUCGCGCAUCCUCUCCGCCGCGGGCGGGGAUCACGACACGAUCGAGGACGCGAACGUCGCGCGGCUGCUGCCGUGGUGCCUGGACGCGUUCGUCGCGCGGCACGCGAAAGUCACGAGAGCGAAGAUGGAGUCGCUCAGGAUGAAAGCGUUGCACUCGAAAACCGCGGCGAAGACGGGGACGUCCGCGGCGUCGGGGUUGCCGACCGCGACGCUGCAGCCCGCGGCGCUGCUGUUCGACGCGCUCUUCGCGGUCUUCUGCGUCGAGGCGCGCGCGGGAGGGGAUGUCGGCAACGGCGGCGGCGACGGCGGCGGAGGCGCGUCGCGGAGAGGAGAAAAACGGAGAGGAAAAAAACCGUCCGCCGCGUCUCCGCCGGGCCCCGGUCCGCGGCUGUUCGUCGCCGCGGACUUGCUCAACGCGUACGACGCGCUCGGUCUGUUCUCACCGGCGUCGUCGUCGUACGCGACCGGCCCGGCGCCGGACCGUCCGACCGCGCGAGAUCGCUUGAAGGCGUUCGCGUCGCGCGUCGCCGCGACGGCGACGCGCGACUGGCGCGGCGCCGCGUCCGCGUCGCUCGCGAUCAUGGACCGCGACUUCCGGCUCCUAGAGGAACACUCCACGGAGAUCAUCGCGGCGAUCGUGGACGGCGGCGGCGCGAGCGCGGGCGCGGGCUCGGACGCGGACGCGGACGCGACGACGCGCGACCGCGACCGCGCGAUCGCGUCGGAAGCGGUCGCGCGGUUCGCGAGAGCGUUCGCGAAGACGCGGCGACUCCCCGAGGCGCUCGGAGCCGUCGGCGGCGCCGUCGCGCGGUUGACCCGCGCGAGGAGCCCUCACAAGGGCGAGGGCGUCCUCGACGCGGAGAUCGUGAUAGAGGCGAUGAAGCACGCGACGAAGAACAUGCCGUCCGGGCAAGUCGCGGAGGUUCUGACCGCGCUGCACGCCGCGAUGUCGCUCGCGCUCGGGUCCUUCGACGCGGCGGCGGCGGCGGCGGCGGGCGGCGGCGAUUUCGGCGGCGGCGGCGCGGCGAGAGUCGCCGCCGCCGAGCGCGUCGCGGCCACGUGCGCGCUCGUCGCGGAGAGUCUCGGCGCGACGCCGAUCCCGCCCGGGGAGAACCUCCUCCCUCCGGUCGCGGACGCGCUCGCAGAGCUCCUCGCCGAGCUCAGAGGGCGUCUGCUUCGAUGGCGCGAGAGCGCGCGAUUAGACGGCGUCAGGGCGUCGAAGAAGCAUAAGAAGAGCCGCGACGACGACGCGACCGACGACCCGAUCGCGGUCGCGACGAACGCCGCCGUCGCGGGCGCGCUUCUGCGCGUGUACACCCCCGCGUACGCGAUCGUGGAAGUCGGCCACGACGGGUGGCCGCUGCAUCAGAAGCACGCGAUCCCGUACCUCGGCGAGGAGACGCCGCCGCUCUCGGAGUUCAUCUCGCCGCUGUUGCGCGCGGAGGAAAACGCGUGCGCCGCGGGAACGCGCGCGGUCUCCGCGCGUUCGACCGCCGCCGCCGCCGCGGGGGCGACGCUGCACCGCAUCGCGCAGCUCGGAAGAGUCGCACGACCGCCCCCCGGGGGACACAGCGACCAGGUCGCGGGCGCGGAGGCGCGGGAGCUCACCGCCGCGUUGCUGCGUUUCAGCGGCGGCGGCGGCUCCGCGGAGGCGUCGCCGGAGACGUCGAGCGUCGCGCGCGAGUUUCUCGACCGGGUCCCGCACUACUGGACGGACUGGGCGACGGAGGAGGCGCUGCGCGAGUGCGAGUGGGUCGUCGAGGGCGGGAUCGACGUGUUCGAGGUGCCGCGUCUGCUCACGGUGUGGACGCGCGAGGCGUGCGCGUGGGUGCUCGACGCGUCCGCGGCGACGCUCGCGGCGGCGGCGGGGGGGGGCGGCGAUUGCGGCGGCGGCGACUUCGCCGCCGCCGUCGUCGACGCCGCCAAGGUGAAACUGCGCCACGGCGGCCCGAUGCACGUGCGUAACCCGCACUCGGACGACGCGGACGUGUCGAAGCUGUUCGACCCCACGGCGACGACGGCGGCGGCGACGGCGUUCUGGAAAGACGCGGCGAGGAACUUUGACGGCGGCGGCGGCGGCGGCGGCGCGGCGUCGGCGUCGAAAAAGAAACCGAAGACGUCCGAGGGCGCGCCGAUGUCGUUGCACGCGUCGCUCCUCGACCUCAAAGCCGCGCUCGAGCGCCUCAGCACGCUCCACGUCAAGUGCACGGUAUGGGUGGACAUCCAUCGCGUGCACGCGACGUGCGCGGCCGCGGACUGCGCGUCGCACGUCGCCGCGGUGUGCUCGUCGCGGUCGCGCGACGACGACGACGACGACGACGUCGUCCUCGACGCCGCGCUCGACGCGUGCGGCGUCGCGAGGGACGUCUUCACGCUGUUCGCGAACCGCGACCGCGGCGGCGUGGGGUCCAAGCUCGCGAAGUCGAUCUGCGUCGCCGCGACGCUCGCGUCCUCGAAGCUCGUGGACGCGACGACGCGCUCGAGGAAGUCGACGGCGGUCGGCCAAAGUUUGAAACGCGCGACGUUCGCGACCGCGCGGUUGCUCCACGCCGGCCUCAUCGUGUCGUCGCACAAGGGGCUGGCGAGGGCGGAGAAGGUCGUCGCGCCCCUCGCGCGCGGGUUGCUGCGCGAGGCGAGGGCGCUGAAGAAGACGAAGCCCGGCGGCGGCGCGAUCGACGCGGGGAUGGUUCCUCGCGCGUUGAGGAUGAAACGAGCCGCGGCGGCGGCGGCGUCGGCGGAGGACGCUUCGAUCCCGCCGGACGUCUCCCCGCGCGGCGUGUUCGCCGCCGCCGUCGCGGAGGCGAUGUUCAUCGCCGCGCUGGACGGCACGAGACCGCCGAAGAAGGAGGAGAACGAGCGCUUCACCGCGGAGGAGCCGGACGAGGAGGCUGGCGUCCAGGCGUCGACGCGAUGGAAAUCGCUCGUCGCGCUCCGCGGCGUCGUCCACGCCGCGUCCAGCGCGCUCGCGCGCGUCUCGGACGUCACCGACCGCCGCGUGAACCCGGAGUCGCACCGCGACUUGAAGAACUACGGCAUCCCGCUCGACGAGCCCCUCCGCGCGCACCCCGUCGGCCUCGCCGGCGAUGGCGUCGUCGAAGCCCUCAGCGGCUGCCUCCGCGCGGUCGCCGCGUCGUGCGCGCUCGCGGCCAUCGUCGUCAAGCACGCGCCGGCGAAGCACGCCGUCGCGCCGUCCGCGGACGCGCUCCGCGAGACGCUCUCCAUCGCGCUCGCGGCGCUGACGCGACCGUGCGGCGCGGACGGGUCGCUGGACGCGUGCUGGGUCUGCGCGCACCCCGGCGCCGCGGCCAAGGCGGCGGACGCGUUGGAAGCCGUCGUCCGCGCGUUGCAAGUCGCGGGGCCGCGGCUCACGGCGAACGCGCACGCGGCGCUCGUCGCGUCCGUCGUCGUCGCGUACGACGUCGCCGCGCGCGGGGACGCGGCGAGGAAGGCGAAGCAGACGCGCGAGGACCCGGGCCGCGGGAACGCGCGGGAGCUGCGCGAGCUCAACGCGCUGCCGGCGCCCGUCGCGGAGUUGCGGCGCGCGCUCGGCGGCGCGAUGACGACGCUCAUGAACGGCGCGGGGAAGCGCCUCGUCGGCCAGGCGUACCGGAUGGCGAACGACAGGAUUCGCGCGUGCGACGCGGUCGCGCGGCGGCUGUACUCGCCGUGGGGGAAACUCGCGGGGUUGUCGCUGGAGGACAGCUCGUUGGGGUGGGAUCUGACCGCGUCGCUCGCGGCGCCGCUGUGGACGAUCGCGACGUGCGUCGAUCACGCCGUCGGCGACGACGGCAGCCGGGCGUCUCGCGCGGCGAUGGAAUCCAGCGGCGAACACUGCCUGAUAUCUCUCAUGGACGUGUGCCGCAUGGGCACGGAAGAGGGGCUCGGGGAGGUGGGCGGGCCCGCGUCCAGGGCGGCGGCGAACGCGGCGAUCGUGAUCCUCACGUCGAUCGUGUCGCGGUCGCGGCUGCCUCUGAGCAAGCGCGCGGUUGCUCGCGCGACGCAGCUGACGCACAUCUGUUUUCACGGGGGGCUGAUGAAGCACCUCGCGUCCGUGCCGACGGUGUUUUCUCCGUGCUGCGCGCUUCUCGUGUCGAUCAUCCGCGCGAGGAAGGCGGAGAUGGCGCGGCAGACGGCGAUGAUAACCGUCGCGUGCCACGCGUUACUCGACGCGUUGAAGGCGUGGAACGCGAUCGAGGAUGAGAAAAACGCGCUCGCGGAGCGGACCAAGACGCCGAGGGACGAGGAAGAGGUCGCGAUCCACGAAGAAGCGAUGCGCCGCGCCGCCAACUCGAUGGCCCCGGUGUACGAAUCCGCGGGCAAAGUCGUCGGCUCGCUGUACGCGAUGCAUCUCCUCGCGGACGCCGUCGCCGCGUGUUGCGGCGGCGGCGCGUGGGGCGGCGACGACGACCGAAAGAGCGGAGACGGUUACGUUCGCGGCAUCGGCGCGGUGGCUGAGAGCGCGCUCAAGCCGGGGAUAUUCGCGCUGUUCGACGCGGUACAGGACAGGGAGUUGCAGCAGCUGUACACCAUGUUCGGGAACGCGAUGGGGGGGGCGUUGCGGUUGAAGUUUAAGGCGCUCAUCGACGAGUACAGGCUCGUGCACAAGUACGACCCGAAGAAAGGAUAG